AUUUGUGAAUUGUCAAUAAACCCACACGGUUGCGGUAUUGCGUUUUAUACCCCCAAGCCCAAACUCCCAUCGCCCUGGAGGUUUAAGGGUUUAAGCGGACCUCCCCAAAAACCAUCACCUGGUUAUGAUGCUGCGUCGCGCCCUUCAUGCCCAAAGGCUUCCUCUGCUCUUCCACAAUCGUCCCAGAGUGAAGCCAUGUGAGCUGUGGGCAUCUCCAUUUGAAGCCCCUUUCUCCACUAACGUUGUCGGUGACAAACCGAUUCUGGUUCGUGAUUUCAUUCAUUCGGCAUUAUAUGAUCCGAAACAUGGGUAUUUCUCUCAAAGAUCGAAAUCAGUUGGGGUGCUUCAGAGAGCAAUUAAGUUCAAUCAGCUUGAAGGUAGGAAAGCUUAUAUGAAAUACUUGGAGAAAAUUUACAAGGAAAGUGAUGUAUCUUGGUUUACUCCUGUGGAAAUUUUUAAGCCUUGGUAUGCGCAUGGGAUUGCUGAAGCCAUAAUGCGUACCGCUAACCUUUCAGUUCCUCUAAAGAUAUAUGAAAUUGGUGGUGGAUCAGGAACUUGUGCAAAGGGAAUCAUGGAUUACAUCAUGCUGAAUGCACCCCCAAGAGUUUACAACAAUAUGACCUACAUCUCAGUUGAAGUCAGUCCCUCGCUGGCUGAGAUACAACGAGAAACUGUUGGAGAAGUCCGUAGUCACUUAUCAAAGUUUCGAGUAGAAUGUCGUGAUGCUACCGACCAGAGUGGAUGGGAUGUGGAGCACCAACCGUGUUGGGUAAUAAUGCUUGAGGUACUUGACAAUCUUCCGCAUGAUCUUAUCUAUUCUGAAAAUCAAGUUUCACCAUGGAUGGAAGUAUGGGUAGAGAAACAACAGGAUAGGGAAACACCGUCUGAAUUGUACAAGCCAUUGCAAGACUCAUUAAUUAAGAGAUGUCUGGAGAUCAUCGAUUUAGACAAAAAACAUGAUUCUCAGAGCAGUACAAUACUAAAAGCAAAAGGCGUUUGGUCUAAAGUCUUUCCAAAACCUCGAAGAUGUUGGCUACCAACUGGUUGCUUGAAACUGCUUGAAGUUUUACACGGAGUGCUACCAAAGAUGUCUUUAAUUGCUUCAGACUUUAGUUACUUACCUGAUGUAAAAAUACUUGGUGAAAGUGCUCCAUUGGUUUCAACCAAGAAAGAUGGCAGCAGCUCGGAUUAUAACAGUUAUCUGGAUGCAAGGGGAGAUGCUGAUAUAUUUUUCCCCACUGAAUUUUGGCUUUUGGAACGUAUUGACCAUUACUGUUCUGGAUGGCUGAAAAUUCAGAAAGAUAAGUCGUCCAAGGAAGGGAAGAAGAGGCGAGCAAUUACUCUUGAUACGUCGUCAUUCAUGGAAGAGUUUGGCUUGCCCUCAAAGACAAGAACCAAGGACGGAUACAAUCCACUCUUGGAUGACUUCAAGAAUACGAAAUUUUAUCUCAGUGUUCCAACACAUAAUACCCAGUAGAUGGAUAGUUUCGGCGGCCACUUUGUUUACAAGAAUGUACCUGGUCCUGAAUGUUUGGAGUUGGUAUCAUUGUCUUUCUGCCCAUCUGAGAGCAGCUUUGCUCACGAACCAGCAGGUCCUCUUUUACAUGUAACUGUCUGCAUUCUGCACGAUCAGAGUUCCACAGGGGGUAGACUUUGAAGUCAGAUUUGAUGCUGUAACAAGCAAUAAAGUUCAAUGGUUCUCCGCUUCUGAUAAAUAGAUAUUUUACAAAUCUUCGGUGAAGUAGUUAAAAAGAUGAUAUCGCUUUUGCUCGAAGACGGAUUCGAUGCAUUGUGUUUAUGCUAUUCAUGCUGAAUAUCAGGAGAAAUUCAAAUAUUUGGAUCCUGAGGAUCCCAUGAAAGCUUGAUAGUUCCCAGUUUUGUUCUAUUUUUUAUUUUCUUUCCCUAUUUAUUUUGUUUCAGUGCUGAAGAUCAGAAUAAUCCCAAAUUUGUUAUCUUCUUUCAGCUUAUGAACUAUGUUGGUACCAUAUUAUAUUAGGCCUUGUUACUUGGGCUUCGAGACAUUGAGCUCAUGAUUUAUGUAAAAGGGGAGGAGCCCUUAGUCUAUAAAAUGGACUUCUCACCCUCACAAU